AUGGACAAGCAGAAAGAUCUAGACCCUCGAUAUCUCUGGAUCCUUCCUCGAGAUCUCCAGCCGACCCCUCAACUGCAAAAAGAAAUGGAGCAAAUCACCAUCGAGGACGACGGCCAAUCCUGGCCCGCCACCAGCGCCGGUCCCCCAGGCUGGCCGUACUACAUCAACGCUCUGAACAACGGCACCGCAAACAUGACCAAACCCCCCAGGAACAUUAUCUCUCCCCAGCUGCGCGCGCACCGGAAUGUGCUCCGCAGCGUCAAGGCGGAGUAUCAGCAAGACAAGGUUCCGGGAAUCGAGAACGAGGAUGACCACGUCCACUUCCGGUUGACACUAGCUGCCCUGCAGUAUAUCGGCCUAGACGUCCACGGCGGUCUGGAGCGGUUAGUGCGAGUAAAGCUUAACUGCGAGGAGAAGAAGAAGGCGUUCCCUAUGACUUGCAUCGCCGUUGUCGACCCCGGGAAGGCGAGGAGAUAUGUCAAUAUCGGCGUGCAUCUAGGGCCUGAUUCGCCUCUUCGGAAGCCGCCGGCAACGCUUGAGCACGCAGUGCGAAACUACACGAAGAUCUCUGACUUGGUCGAUCCUUUCAAUCGCGUUCCGGGCAAUGCUGAUGACCGGAAAAUGGACGAGAUGAUUGAGCGCAGCAUUGGGAUGGGCCAGAGAAGCCAUCUCAACUGGGAGUUUGAGAGGAUGAAGUUCAGACUGCAAGUUCGGAAGGAGUAUAGGGAGGUCUUGAUUGACCAGGCCGUUAAGGAGAGAUACCCGGAGACGAGGGCGCGGAAGCGCGAGAGGAUUGGAGAGUGA